AUGUCGUCCUGGAGAGAUAAACCUGCCAGAAUACAAGUAAAGGAGAAGGAUCUCCCGAGUACGAUUCCACAACAGAACGGGUUAAGUUUCAACGUAUGGUACAAUAAGUGGUCCCAAGGUGGAUCUGGUAAUGGUGGAGACCGAUUUGUUAAUCCUUUCAAAUUGGAACCCACUUUGCAUUCUGGAUUAACGUUGGGUGAUAAGGAGGGUAGUCGUGUGUUUUGUCUUUAUUUUGCCAAGGGGAUGUGUUGUUUGGGCAAGAAAUGUCAUUAUCUUCAUCAUGUUCCCGAUGAGGAGGAUAAUUUGAAAUUAAAAGGUAAUGAUGUGUUGGACUGCUUUGGUAGAGAGAAAUUUUCCAGUUAUAGAGAUGAUAUGGGUGGUGUUGGUUCGUUUUUGAAGUUGAAUAGAAGUUUGUAUGUGGGUGGUAUUAGUGGCGCUAUUAACAAUAAGACGAAUUUAAAACCUAGUCAAAUUGAGAGUAGAAUACGGUUUACGUUUGGCAAAUUGGGAGACGUGGAGAGUGUGAGGUAUAUAGCAGACAAGAAUUGUGCGUUUGUUAAAUACCGAUACCCGAUGAAUGCAGAGUUUGCUAAGGAAUGCAUGAGCAAUCAGACUUUAUUACUAUCUAGUGAUCCUGAAUGGGAGCAGAGAAAAGAGGGGUCCGGUUUACUGGUGAAAUGGGCCAAUGAGGAUCCUGAUCCGGAGGCUCAAAAGAGAGAAAUGCAAGAGAAGACGCAGGAAACGUUACGAACCAUGGUGAAUUUACUACAGAAGCACGAAGAAAAGCAGCAGCAGCAGCAGCAGAGGAAUAUUGUCAUAGAGGAGGCAGGUAGCGACGAUACUGACAGGUUGUUCGAUAGGACCGUGCUGGACAAGUUGCAAUUAAAGAUGAGCAAGAGCAAGAGAAACCACAGUGCUCUUCGAGAUAGAAUACACAAGAUCAUGAAUAAAUAA